GUGGCUCUAUCUGUCGUAUGACAGGCUAAACGCCUAGUUCUAAAAAUAAAUGAAUAAUAUUUCUAAUAAACUAAAUUUUUUUCAGCUCUAACCGAUCGUUGCUAUCUGUGUUUAAUGGGAGCAUUGCAGCUCGAUUUAGGUGGAGCGCCGGCAGGACCGGCAGGAACCGGCAAGACCGAGACGACAAAAGAUUUGGCGAAAUCUCUCGCCUUCAUGUGCGUCGUCUUCAACUGUUCGGAAGGACUUGACUACAAGAUGAUGGGACGAUUCUUUUCCGGUCUAGCCCAAUCUGGUGGGUGGUGCUGUUUCGACGAGUUUAAUCGAAUCGACAUUGAAGUCUUGUCCGUCAUUGCGCAACAACUUAUCACUAUUCGACUCGCUAAAGUGGCACGACUCUCGAGAUUCAUGUUUGAAGGACAUGAAAUAAAACUUAUUCGGACUUGUGCUGCUUUUAUCACCAUGAAUCCAGGUUAUGCUGGACGUACGGAGUUACCGGACAAUCUCAAGUCCCUGUUUCGUCCGAUUUCAAUGAUGGUUCCAGAUUAUACCCUCAUUGCGGAAGUUAUUUUAUACUCGGAAGGAUUCGAAUCCUCAAAAUCCUUAGCUCACAAAAUGACCCAAAUGUACAAACUCUGCUCGGAACAGUUAUCCCAACAGGACCAUUAUGACUUUGGAAUGCGAGCUGUGAAAUCUGUCCUCGUUAUGGCUGGCAGUUUGAAACGAUCAAAUCCAGACAUUAACGAAAAUGUGGUCCUUAUUCGAGCAUUGAGAGACUCCAAUUUGCCAAAAUUUCUUGCACAUGACGCCGUUCUUCUCCACGGCAUCAUAGCCGAUCUUUUCCCUGGUGUCGUGAUUCCCGAGCAAGAUUAUGGUCUUUUGCAACGAGAAUCUGUCCGUUGUGCGCUUGAGAAAGGACUCCAAGCGCCGGAAUGUUUUAUUCGGAAAGUUAUCCAGCUUUACGAAACGAUGGUGGUCCGACAUGGUGUCAUGUUGGUCGGGCCUACCGGAGGUGGCAAAACGGCAAUCUACGGAGUCCUGAAGAAUGCGCUGACCUCUUUGUACCAGGCAAAAGUUGACCAUCCUUUCUACCAACCGGUCGACACGUACAUUCUCAACCCCAAAGCCGUCGCCAUCGGAGAACUCUACGGGGACAUAAAUCCCCUCACUUUCGAGUGGCAUGACGGCUUGUUGGGAAUCAUGGUUCGAAAUGCUGUCCUGCCCAAGAUGACCCACCACCAAUGGAUCAUUUGCGACGGCCCUGUCGAUGCCAUCUGGAUUGAAAACAUGAACACCGUGUUGGACGAUAAUAAAAUGCUCUGCCUAGCAAAUUCUGAACGCAUCAAGCUUACAAAUUGGGUUCGGAUGAUGUUUGAGGUUCAAGACUUGGCUCAAGCGUCGCCUGCCACAGUUUCGAGAUGUGGAAUGGUGUACGUCGACCCGAACGAGAUGGGGUGGAAGCCUUUCGUCCAGUCGUGGAUGCAGAGAAAUCUGACCUCAGCCCAAGCCCCCAUCAGAGACUAUCUUCUCCAGCUCUUUGACAAAUAUGUCGACGGUGGUUUCUCAUUCGUCAGAAAAAAUUGCGUGGCAGGUGAAGUGAUGCCACAAUCCGUCAUGGGGAAAAUUUCCAUGAUGUGUGCCAUUCUCCAGGCUAUCCUGAAAAAGAAAACGUUUGAUUUUGACAUGGAACUGCCUCGUCUUCUUCAACAAACGUCUCAAGUCUUCCUCUUUGCGUACAUUUGGUCUAUCGGAAGUAAUCUUCAGGAUCGAUACCAUGCAGCUUUUGAUGCGUUUGUUCGAGGACAGUUCGCAAAUGAGGAGUUGUGCAAAAUGCCAAAAUCUGGCCUGCUUUGGGGUUACUUUAACAAUUUGGAGACUAAAAAGAUGGAUGCGUGGGAAACUGUUAUGCCGAGUUUUGUAUACAAAUCGUCCGUCCCGUUUGUCGACGUGCUUGUCCCCACCGUUGACACCGUUAGAUUCGGAUAUCUCAUGGAACUUUUACUCUCAGUUAACAGAGCAGUUCUCUUCACGGGACCCACUGGCACGGGCAAGUCUGCCAUCGCAAAAUAUGUCCUCACCACCAUUUCCGGUCCGAACAAUUAUCUCCCCGUUUUCAUGAACUUUUCGGCUCAAACGACCAGCAAACGUACACAGGAAAUGAUUGAAGAAAAGCUGGAGAAGCGGAAAAAGUCCCUCCUCUCGGCACCAAUGGGAAAAAAAGUGAUUGUUUUCAUUGAUGAUGUCAACAUGCCAAAGUUGGAUCGCUACGGGGCUCAACCAGCUCUUGAACUCCUUCGUCAACUUCUCGAUUUUAACGGAUGCUACGACCGAGCAAAAAUGUACUGGAGAGAGCUGCAAAAUGUCAUCCUAUCGGCGGCUUGUGCACCCCCCGGAGGCGGAAGGAACGCCGUCACACCCCGUCUGCUCCGACAUUUUUGCAUGAUGGCCAUCCCAACUCCGACGCAGACCGUGCUCAACAAUAUUUACAAGGCCAUUAUGCGUGGCUUCUUGAAAGAUUUUGACCCAGAAGUUCGCGACAUGGCGGACACGGUUGUGACUGCGUCAAUUGCGACUUACCAAUUCAUGGCAGCUGCUUUCCUCCCCACGCCGUCCAAGGCGCACUAUCUCUUCAACAUGCGGGACUUGUCGAAAUGCAUUCAGGGAAUAUUGCAGGCAAAUAAGGAAGUCGUUGUGAGGAAGGCGCAUUUGAUUCGAUUAUACUACCACGAAUGUCUCCGCGUCUUCCACGACCGACUGACCACGACGGAAGAUCGUCACCUCUUUUGCAACUCGCUCGCUGAAAUCUGCACCUCGACGUAUAAAGUCCUCACCAAUGCGGACGAGUGCAAAGGGAUCAUAUUUGGAGAUUUCAUGAAGAUCGGGACCAACAAGGUGGAUCGUGUCUAUGAUGAAAUAGUGAACAAGGAAAAGCUUAAAAAUGUCCUCAUCGAUUAUUUGGACGAGUACAACGUGGGGACUCCGAAGGAGAUGAAUCUCGUCUUUUUCUACGAUGCGGCAGAACAUGUGGCAAGAAUUGCGAGAAUUUUGAGAACGGAUCGUGGAAAUGCGUUGUUGGUGGGGGUUGGUGGCACUGGGAAGCAGUCUCUGACCCGGUUGGCGUCAUAUAUUUCGGGAUAUCGAUGUUUCCAAGUCGAACUGAUGCGUGGUUAUGAUUACUCCUCGUUUCAUGACGAUCUCAAGAAACUUUACGACUCGGCCGGAAUGAGGAACGAGCCCAUCGUCUUCCUCUUCACAGAUACACAAAUCGCAUACGAAGAGUUUCUCGAAGAUAUCAAUAAUAUCCUGAAUUCUGGCGAGGUGCCGAAUCUUCUGGAACCGGAAGAUUUGGAACGAAUGCUAGCCCCGAUUCGCGCAGAUGCUAAAAACUUGGGAAUUUCUGAAACGGAUCGUGACCAACUUUACGACUAUUUUAUUCGCCGAAUCCGUUCCAAUCUUCACAUUGUUUUGUGCAUGAGUCCGGUUGGAGACAGUUUCCGGAUUCGAUGUCGUAUGUUCCCCUCCCUGGUCAACUGCUGUACGAUUAACUGGUUUUCAGAAUGGCCAACUGAAGCUCUUCUUUCCGUCGCGGUGACACUUAUGUCAAAAAUUCAACUCAACAAAGUCACCCCUGAAGCCAUGGCUGAAGUGUCCGUUUUUGUUCAUGAGAGCGUGACCUCGAUGGCGGCUCGGUACUACGAAGAGAUGCGCCGCCGCUUCUACACGACGCCCUCCUCAUAUUUAGAACUCAUUAAUCUCUACGGGACAAUGCUGAAGGAACAGCGGGACAAAAUUCUCCAGGGGAAGGCUCGUAUUCAGAAUGGGUUAUCCAAAUUACUCGAAACGAACGAAGUCGUGAAACAGAUGCGAAUCGAGUUAAAAGGGUUGGAACCAAUUUUGGUUCAAAAAUCGCAAGCCGUUGAAGAUCUUAUGGUUCGACUCGCGGAGGAUCAAACCGAGGCGGACAUUGUGCGGAGAAAUGUGACCGUGGAGGAGGCUGCUGCUAAAGAAAAAGCAAUAGAGACCCAAGCCAUUGCAGAGGACGCACAGAAAGACUUGGCGCUUGCUCUUCCGGCACUUGAAGCUGCAGUCAAAUCUCUCGAUCAACUCAACAAGGAAGACAUCAACGAACUUCGUCAAUUCCAAAAGCCUCCCGAACUUGUCCGCACUGUGAUGGAGUCGGUGUGCAUCCUCUUUGGGGCUAAACCUGAUUGGAACACGAGUCGUCUUCUCCUCUCGGAUGCUGGUUUUCUCAAAAAAUUGUACGACUUCAAUAAGGACAACAUUUCUGAAAAUACCCUCAAGAAACUCAAAGUGUACAUUGACAAUCCAAAAUUCAAUGCAAAAUCCGUCGAGAAAGUGUCACUUGCUUGUAAAUCAAUUUGCCUUUGGGUGCGAGCUAUUGACGGCUAUGCAAAAAUAUUUAAGACUGUUGAACCCAAACGAAAUCGCUAUUUGACGGCUGAAGCCGAACUGAAUCAAGUGAUGGAAACACUGCGUGGAAAACAGGAACAAUUGAACGAGGUCGAGAUGAAGAUUGCCGCACUUCAGACACAAUUUACAAAUGUGACCAAGGAGAAAACCGACUUGGAAGAUUCUCUCGAACUGAUCGCUGCUCGACUAAACCGUGCUGGACGGUUGACGAAAGCCUUAGCCUCCGAGCAGACGAGAUGGGGAGAAACAAUUCAGAGAUUUGACGAAGAGAUGCAAAAUAUUAUUGGCGACGUUUUCAUCGGGGCGGCUUGUAUCGCAUAUUUUGGCGUUUUUACGAGUGACUACCGACAAGAAUUGGUUGAACAAUGGAGCACAAAAUGUGUAGAACAUGGACUUCCGUGCACCCCAGGAUUCAAUCUGAUUUCGUUAGCCGAUCCAUUCGAGGUUCGCGUCUGGAAUGCGAACGGUCUUCCGAGGGACAAUACCUCGACAGAAAAUGCCAUAUUGGCGACACGCGGGCGACGCUGGCCUCUAAUGAUUGAUCCACAGGAUCAGGCAAACCGAUGGAUUAAACAGAAUGAAGGCGAUAGAAGUCUAAAGGUGAUGAAAUUCAACGAUGGAAAUUUUAUGAGAACACUGGAAAACUGCAUUCGUCUGGGUCACCCUUGCCUUCUGGAGGAAGUAAAAGAAACCCUGGAACCUGCCCUGGAACCUGUCCUCCUAAAACAAAUCUUUUAUCAGAACGGACGAGCCAUGAUCCGUCUCGGAGACUCAAAUGUUGACUAUGACUCAAACUUCCGUCUCUACAUGACCACAAAAAUGGCAAAUCCUCACUAUCUGCCAGAAGUUUGCAUUAAAGUUACAAUUAUUAAUUUUACCGUGACCUCGUCCGGUCUGGAGGACCAACUUCUCAGCGACGUCGUCAGUUUGGAACGCCCCGAUUUGGAGUCACAGCGAGCAGCACUCGUCUCCCAAAUCAAUGCUGACAAAAAUAUGCUCGUGUCACUGGAGACAAAGAUUCUCAAACUGUUGUUCGCCGCAGAAGGAAACAUUUUAGAUGACGAAGAGCUCAUCGAAACUCUCAACAACAGUAAAAAGACUUCGACAGAAAUUGUAAAACGUGUCGCCCAAGCGGAAGUGACGGAAAAGAGCAUUUCCGUAGCUCGAGAACGCUACCGUCCUGUCGCUUCGAGGGGAAGUGUUUUAUACUUUGUGGUGGCACAAUUGGCCGAGUUGGAUCCCAUGUACCAAUAUUCGCUCAAAUAUUUUUCGCAGGUGUUUAAUCAAUGCAUCAGCUUGACUGAGAAGACUGGGGAGUUGGAGGAACGGCUAAAAAUCCUCCGAAGAGAAACGACCCUGGCUACGUACACCAACAUUAGUCGUGGCUUGUUUGAGAAAGAUAAGCUCAUUUUUAGCUUUAUGCUCUGCUGUGACGUUCUAAAGAGCAAAGAUGUCAUAGCCGAGGCGGAGUGGGGCUUCUUCCUCCGUGGCGCAGCCGGCGUGGAGUCGGGAAGGACCAGGAAACCUGGCGCAGCGUACUGGCUCACGGCUCAACAAUGGGAAAACCUUUGCGAUCUGGAAAAUUCAUUCCAAAUUUUUGACGGAAUUACACUUUCUGCACUUGAGAACGUGGUUCGAAUUCAUAUCGGAGGCUUCAAAGUUAAUCUAUUUGAGCGUUCAGACGAUGACGAAGAAGCCAAUUUUAUCAAACCGACGGACAAUUGGGAUAAAAAGUUGUCUAAAUUCCAGAAAAUAAUUCUAGUCAAAUGUGUAGCUCAAGAAAAAUUGAUUGCAGCCGUCACAGAAUUUGUUAGGCACGAAUUAGGACAAAAAUUUGUAGAAAGUCCGGCCGCAGAUUUGAACGAAAUUUUUAAAGAUAUCAACAAAUCUACCACGCUUAUUUUUGUGUUAAGCGUGGGAUCAGAUCCGAUGGGUGGAUUUUAUCGGUUUGCUUCCGAACAAGAAAUGUUAGAGCGAGUUUCCUCCAUCUCCCUUGGUCAAGGACAAGGUCCCAUUGCGGAGAAAAUGAUAUGGAAAGCGACAGAAACUGGGGAUUGGGUUUUCCUGCAAAAUUGUCAUUUGGCGUCAUCUUGGCUCCCGAAAUUAGAAACUAUUGUGAAACAAAUUAGCGAUAAUCCUGACCCUGUCGCGGAUAGUUUUCGUCUCUACCUCAGCUCCAUGCCCACGUCGACCUUUCCAGUGUCCAUCCUCCAAGAGAGCGUCAAAAUCACUAACGAACCACCAAAAGGACUUCGAGCCAAUGUUCGUCGAGCUCUGGUUGAGAUGGAAAAGGAAUUCUUUGAAGCCAACAUGCUGGGCGAUCCCUGGAGAAGAAUAGUGUUUGGAAUUUGUUUCUUCCACGCUGUGAUCCAAGAAAGGAAGAAGUUUGGACCGUUGGGUUGGAACAUACGAUACGAGUUCAACGAUAGCGAUCGUGAAUGUUGUCUCCUCAACUUGGACAUGUUUUGUCAGAACGGCAUAAUUCCUUGGGACGCUUUAGAAUAUAUUACGGGUCAAAUCACUUACGGCGGUCGAAUUACGGACAAUUGGGACCAACGGUGUCUAACCACAAUUCUAAAAAUCUUCUUUUCUCCACCAACUCUGAGUGUGACGCAUAAAUAUUCGCCCUCUGGACUCUAUUAUGCCCCCGUUUUGCCAACCGUGGUCGAGUUCGUCGAGUAUGUGGAUCGUCUCCCUAUUAUGGACGAACCAGAAAUAUUUGGGAUGCAUAACAAUGCCACCAUCACUUUUCAGCGUCAAGAAUCAACCACAUUUCUCAACGCACUUCUCUCCGCCCAACCAAAGCAGGCGGGUGGUUCCGCCGCCACGGCGAGUGACGAAAUUGCAUACGAGUUGGCAGAAGAGAUCGAGAGCAAACUUCCGGAAAAGUUGGACCUGGACAAGAGUAGCGAGUAUUUGUUCCUUCCGGACGAGAGGGGCAGAACGGCGUCACUCACAAUCUUUAUCCAGCAAGAAAUUGAACGGUUCAACAAAUUGCUUGCUGUUAUCAAAGAUUCACUUGUCCAGUUGAAAAAGGGAAUUCGUGGUUUGGUCGUUAUGUCCGAAGAUUUAGAGAAAAUGUACCAAGCUUUCCUCAAUAAUCAGGUUCCAGAUUUAUGGAAACCAAAAUCAUACGGAUCCCUAAAAUCCUUGGCCAGUUGGUAUAAAGAUUUUCAACUUCGGUUCAAUUUCAUCAGGGGCUGGCAAACGAAACCAGUACCACCGUCCAGCUAUUGGUUGUCCGGUUUCUUCUUUCAACAAGGCUUCCUCACCGCAGUUUUGCAGACGUACGCCCGACGCCACAACCUUCCCAUUGACCAGUUGAAGUUUCACUUUUUCAUGGUUCCCGUCGUGAAGGAAGAGAUGAUGGAGUUGGACCCCAGACUGGAGUCAGCUAUCGAGCUGCCCGAGGAAGGCGUCCUCAUUCACGGCCUAUUUAUGGAAGCCGCUCGUUGGGACAUGGACGAGAUGACGUUGGCCGACUCGCUGCCUGGCGAAAUGAACCCGCUCCUCCCCAUCACGCACUUCCUCCCAUCGAUGGACCCCCUCCAGACGGUCAACGUCUACACGACGCCCCUCUACAAGACGUCCGUGCGACAAGGAACGCUUUCCACGACGGGUCACUCUACCAACUUCAUUGCACCAAUUCAACUCCCCUCCCUCAAUCAUCCAGAAGACUAUUGGAUCCUGAAGGGGACGGCACUACUCAGCCAACUCACGGACUAAAACUGAGCAAGUAACGCUGUGAUAAAUAUGGUAUUUCGAUAAUAUUACGGAACUUGGAUUAUUUUUCUUGACCUUUUCAAUUCGCAGACAACGUGUUUAUAAUCGAGUAAAUAUGAUAUGUAUGGUCUAUUGCAAAUAAAUGAGAUGUAAUGUGAAAGGAAAAA